UGAUAAAAAAAAAACGUAUAAUCAAACGUUAUUAUUGGAGUUAUUCAAUUAAGCAAACAGACAAUUAUAAAAGCGAACGAGUCAUUCACAAGCAUUCAAUAGAAGAACAUUGUUUUAUAUUGAAUCUAUGUAUAUACACGUAUAUAUGUUCAGUGAUUCGUGAGUUUUAAACACUAAAGCGGAGCAAAAGAAUAAAAAAAAACAAAAUUAAACUGGUUAAUCAUUUGGGCAACAAACGAUGUUGGUUACUGUAUUGCUGUUAUUUAUCCUCAUUAUAUUGGUGUGGAAUUAUUAUGCACAUUAUGGAAGAAACGGGCGACUCAUCGACCUUAUACCAGGUCCAUCAGGUUUUCCGAUUCUUGGAAAUGUUUUGCAAUUUCUUGGUUCACAAGAAGAACUAUGGAAAAUAGUGUCUACUUUUAAUAAACAGUAUUCCAUUUUUAAAAUUUGGUUCUUCUUUCGGCCCUCUGUAUUCAUCAAUCAUCCGGAUGAUCUAGAGACAAUACUAGGCAGCUCGCAACACAUCGAAAAGGGAAUGAUUUAUGAUGCUAUAAAACCUUGGCUCGGUACUGGUCUUCUUACUAGUGGAGGUAAUGAUAUUAACAUAACUAACAAGGGACAUGACGCAACUGUCCGGCACCGAUUUAAUUCUUCAUAAAAUAUGUUUUUAAAC